GCAAAAAAAAAAAGAAAAAAAAUAAAUAGCUUUCUUGAUCAUCUAGGUGUCACGUCACCUCUCUUAUGCCUAGCUUUAUAUUAUAUAUAUAUUAUAUAAUGUUUCGGACCCAGAGGAGGAGUGUUAUUCAUUGACCAAUAGGCAGAACCUCACGCCUUCGUCCACCGCCGUCACGCCGCCAUCCAACACCGAUGGAACACCUACUCCGGCGUAAUUUGGAGACCAGCGAAAACAACAGUCCUCAAAAAGCUCUCUUACAAGCUCUUUCUCUCAUAUCCAACCCUUCCACUUCCAACUCUACACUUUCAUCCAUCUCCAAUACCCUAAUCCUAACCCUCAAAACCCCUAACUCUAACCCUUUUAUCCACCAUCACAUUCUUCGCCUCUUCUCUCUUCUCAAAAACCCUAACCCUAACCUCACCUCCGCCCUCCGUCAAUUCUCUUCAUCCUCCACGCGCUCACUCGCCGACACCCUCGCGUGUAGCAACAUCUCUGUUAAUGAUGAAGAAUCAACAUCCGUCCCUUCAACAGCCUCCACGCGCUCACGCGCCGAUGAACUCGCGUGUAGUAACGUUAACGCUAAUGAUGAGUCUACCUUACUCCCUUCAACAGCCUCCGCGAGCUCACUCGCUGGUGCACGCGCGAUUACUAACGCUGAUGAUGAAUCCACAUAUGUCCUUUCUGCAACAACCUCCACGCGCUCACUAGCCGAUGCACGCGCGUGUAGUAACGCUGAUGAUGAAUCAGUAUUCGUCCCUUCAACUACCUCCACGCGAUCACUAGCCGAUGCAUUUGCGUGUCUCCUCUCCAUCUCCGAUAGUAACAACGUUAACGUCAAUGAUGUGUCGACAUUCCUGUCUCUUGUUUUUAAGCCUUGUGUUUCGGUUCGUCAUUGGUUGCUUUUAAAUGUGAGUAGAUUUGAGAUAAGGCCGUCUGUUUUGCUUACGGUACUGCUAGGGUUUACGAAGGAUCCUUAUCCGGAUAUUCGAAAUGUUGCUUUGAUUGGAUUAGCUGAUUUGUGCAAGUGUGUUCUUGUGGAAGAUGGAGGUCUUAUACGAGGUUGCUAUUUUCGAGCUGUUGAGUUUCUGUUUGAUUUUGAGGACUCCGUACGAUGUUCUGCUGUUCGUGCGGUUAGUGCAUGCGGGCAGUUGAUUGUGUCAUCUACACAAGGGAGAAGUAAAGGGGGCUGGUCUGAUGCAUUAUUUCUGCAGCUAUGUUCAGUGGUGAGAGACAUGAGUGUUGAGGUCAGGGUUGAAGUUUUUAAUGCCCUAGGGAAGAUUGAAAUUGUUUCUGAAUAUAUUCUUUUACAAAUGCUAUAUAAGAAAGCUUCAUCUGCAACAAACAAAAUGGAUUUUCCUGGCCAGUACUCUGAGAAAUUGUUCAGGAUACCAGCGACGAGUGCCAGUUUUGCUUUUCUACAUGGACUGGAGGAUGAUUUUGUUGAGGUAAGAGAAUCUGCUUGCCGAGCUUUGCGAACGUUAGCGAUCCUUUCUGCUGAGUUUUCUAAAGAGGUUGUGAACUUGUUGAUGGACGCACUUAAUGAUGAUUCGGUGGCUGUAAGAUUACAAGCUUUAGAUACAAUGCAUCAUAUGGCAAUGUUUGGCCAUCUAAAGGUGCAACAAGAACGUCUACACAUGUUUCUUUGGGUUCUACUAGACAGUCACAGCUUGAUAAGAUGUACAGCGAGGAAGGUACUAAAACUGACGGAACUACCGAGCUUAGAUAUGUUCAAAAUGUGUGUUAAUGGACUUAUAAGAGAUUUGGAACUGUAUCCCCAGGAUGAAGCUGAAGUCUUUUCUGCUUUGUUCAUGAUUGGUCAAAACCACGGAAAGUUUUUAGUCAGCUUGAUUAACGAAGUUUCCCAAAUGAUAGAGCCCUCUUCUGGAGGCAAGUUGGGUUAUGACAAUGUGAGGAAAGCUUCAUAUCUAGUGUUAGCCACCUCCGCACCAGUCUCAUUGAAGCAGCGAACUUGCAGUAUUCCACCGCGAAUAUUCUCUUAUGCUGUCACACUAUUAGGGAGAGUCUCUCGCAGUUUGGCUGAUAUAGUUGACCAGAGAACACUUUUGGCUUAUCUUUCUUAUUGCAGUAGAUUCACAUUUGUUUCUGCAUCAGAGUUUUUUAAAAUGGAAGAGCAGCUGGAGAAAGGUGAUGUUCUAUUGACACAAAGACGCGAAAUCUCUAAAUAUCACGCUGGGAGGAAAUUACAGCUGAAGGAAGCAGAAAGCUCGCAUUUAGACUUCCAGAUUGAGCAUAAUAAAGAGAUAAAUUGUGUGAAUAUCAUGCUUCAGGUGGUAAUAGACAUUUGGCCAUCACUGAAACUUGGGUUGAUCGAUGAAGUCACUCAGACACGGAGGUUGAGUUUGAAGGCAGAAUUAGGAACGAUAUCAAAUAACAAUCAUAGGGGUGGGUUAGUGUUUGCUUUGCAGUAUAUAGAUGCUUUGGAACGACUUGGACACUUAUGGUCACACUUGGUGUUCUCCAAGGAGUUCUACUUUCAUGAAUGGGGGAAAUUGGAGUGUUCUUUGAACAAACUGGACAGAUGCCUGAGGGAUAUGAGAUAUAAGUUAGUAGGUUUAACCAAGGAGGACAAUUUUCUUAUCUUAGAGUUAAUAAUUGCUCAUGGUAUAUUGACACUUUGUAAUAUUGAAACCUGUGCGAACAAGACUACUCUAAAGAAGUUACAUUCUGUGAUAUCUUGUAUUGAACAUAUUUGUGGAGAAGGAUCCACUGAAUCAUCCAAUUUUCUGGUUGAAGUUCAGAAGUCAUUGAGUGAGAGUAACACCUCUAGUUGUCCAAUCUUGGACAAUCCAUAUCUCCUUCUGAAGUCACUUGAGUAUUUUACUCCAAGAAAGGUAGUUACGUCGAGGAAUCUCAAAUAUAUGGAAGCUGAACUGCAUUGUCAAGGCAAUGAAUUUCAAAAUCCUCUUCCGUUCAUCUCUGGGCUGCCUGUGGGUGUAUCUUUAGAUAUCACACUCCAUAACAUCUCGAGCGAGAAUAUGUUGUGGAUAAAAAUGAGUCUUGAAGAGAAAUUAACUCAAUUUGUUUUCCUGGAUUUGCAUGAGACCGAAGGACACGAUGAACUGAGGAAAUUCACAUUUGUUGCACCCUUCUACCAAACCCCCAAGGCAAACUAUUUCUCAUUGAAGAUCUGUAUUGUUCUAGAGUGCAUGUCUGAUGAUGAACGGUUGUGCAGGAGCCGUGGAGGUCCUAAGCAUGAAGUUGCUCAUCUCUGUGAAGAAAAAGAAGUGUAUUUUUCCGUCGAAGUUAGGUAACUGUUUUUCAAUAUGAUCAAGUGUGGCCCAAAGAAAACUAUAGUUUUCUGAAUUAUGCUGCUCACUGGCAAAUGCUGCUGCAACCAGUUGCUGGAUUUUUACAAUUUUCUCCUUAUCAAAUAGUAAUGACCACAGACUGCCCAUAGAACAAGAGUUGUAAGUGAGCAAAGCGAUAACUUUCCAAUGAGACCAGGUGGCAGAUCAGGAGCAGGAUGGCUUCGUAACAACAGUAAGGCAAAAUUUUGAAGUAGAGCUUCAAAAGCCAGACCCUAGCCAAGGCUUUGACAUUAGCAAGGCAAAUGGGCUAAUAUGCCAGCAACCAAAGAAUUUUAGAAAGUGCAGAACUUUAAAAAUUGGUUGGUGUUAACUCAACAAUCAACAUGCCUAAACUGGUUUUGAAUUUGAUCAUCUCAGGCAUUAUAUUAUCAAGUAUAUUGUUCUGCUAGUUGUAGCCAUCAAAGGGUCCCAUGCUAUGUACAGUGUAUACAGGAAACUGGAACUGACAUGUAGCUUAUCCAGAAUGGAUAGUGAAUGUAUGACCUGGGAGUUGUAAGUUAAUCAUGACUUUGAGGUUAGUGCAGCAAUUUUUUUUAUACUUAAAUAGGAAAAGAACAAGAAAAUAUGGUCUAUAUUACUGAUUUCUGUAGCUAGCCCCUGAUCUGUUAUGCAGCUCCAA